AUGGGGGGAAGUCGUCUGGGAGAGUCGUAUCCUCCACGUGACUCUGUCCACACUGAGGCGAUAUACAAUUGGUUACAUCAGACAUAUCCUCCCGAUGAAGUGGAAGACGAUGAGAGGCCCAGCCUCAAAUAUCGUCAUACUGUUCCAUACCCAUAUCACCCACCGCAUCACCCCAAAGUACGAUCAGAUCAGGCCUUGACUCUUCACGAGUCCUCGUCAAGGCUCAGCUCACGAAUUGCAUUGGGCCAAGAUGAGUCAACAUCCCAGUUCUGCCCUUCAGACAGGGAUGACAAUCUGAGAUACCCCGAUUGGAGUAUGAGAAACCCGGAAGACUCCGAAUAUCGUGAGGAGAGUGCACAUCAGAUGAACCACUGGCCUGUGUGCGUGUCAAGCCCAGGCUCUGUUUCAUCGAUAGCUCUCGGCGAACACUCGCACCCUGAUCGGUGGCGAGAUCUCACCGGCCGCGGCCAGAAUAGGCGAUUUGAUGCGCGAUCAAAAAACCGCUCAGAAGCGACUAGAGAUCGGGCUAGAGAGUUGACAAGCAUCACUAUUACCAACAGCCUCGCAGGACCUGGCUGGCGUGAUGUGGACCGUGACCCCGAUUUCCGUAUCAGCAUGAGCAGGUCGGGAAGUAAAAGGAUCGUGUCUAAGGACGGCAUCCAAGUUAGCUCCCUCCGGCCACGAAAGGCUUGGAAGGUCGGCAUUGCAUACAAGCCUUUCAGGCCAAUGAAAUACGUGGCGUUAAAAGGCGACCCGUUAAAUGAACUAUGUGCGCAUUGGGGCGUUUAUUUCUGUGAGCUGGAUGUACCUGAGCCCAACUAUCGAGUCUGCAGCAUGGAUUUCAAGGAUGAGAGCAUGAAAGAACUGGCCGUACAGACAGUGUGGUGCACACCGAGAAGGCGCUGGCGACGCAAAAUGUACGAAGACGAGAUCCUCAAGGUCAGGCGAUACAAAGAGCACAUCCUCUAUUGCAGCCUCGAGGAGUUACUUGUUACCGGUUAG